AUGAUAAAAUUGAACUUGCAUUCCGAUACUUUAUCUUGCUUGAAGGCCUCAAUUCGGCUUAAUACUGCACACGCAAACUUAAAAUCGGCAUCGAUAAGGGCGGGGAAGAGAUUUAUAUCAAAUCUUAAGCCUACACCGUACGCUACUGGUCGCUGCGGGACUGCUGCGCGUUACGGAAUCCAUCAAACGAAUAAAUACGAAUUGACAACAGCUUUUCCUAAUCAUAAUAUGUCAACCUCUUGUUCUGAAAGAUCACAGAUGGAUGUGCCAGGCGCAGAAAAGUCUUAUGGAAUCAACCCUCAUACCAAAGAGCUUAUGAAAGUUAUCUUGACGGACAAAGAGCGGGAAAUAUGUGCUGCGCUAAACAAAUUUGCAGAAUAUUCGAAAGAAAAAGAGCCUGUUCAAUUGAGAAUAGCCGGAGGCUGGGUUAGAGACAAGCUUCUAGGGUUAAAAUCACAUGACAUAGACGUAGCCAUCGAUUCGAUGACAGGAUAUGAAUUCGCAAAGCGCCUGAACGAGUUUCUUAAGAAGCAAGGGCAUUCUGUGUCCGACAUUGGGAAGAUCGAAUCAAAUCCUGACAGAUCAAAGCAUCUUGAAACAGCAACAACAAAAAUUUUUGGUGUAGAAAUUGAUUUCGUGAAUCUGAGAAAUGAAGUAUACGCGAAAAAUUCAAGGACUCCUGCCGAAAUAACACCUGGAACGCCAGAGGAAGAUGCACGAAGGCGUGAUAUCACAAUCAACGCGUUAUUUUACAAUAUACAUUCUGGAGAAGUAGAAGACUUUACAGGAAAAGGUAUCCCAGAUCUAGAAGCAGGAUUGAUCCGAACCCCAUUACCUGCUUUUCAAACAUUUGAAGACGAUCCCCUCCGCAUCCUUCGUUGCGUCCGAUUCGCAAGCAGAUUCAAUUUCGAUAUUACAGACGAGAUCAAAGAGACCAUACAAACAGAAACUAUUCGGAACACCAUAAGAUCGAAAGUUUCUCCCGAGCGUAUUGGUAUCGAGAUAUCAAAAAUGAUCGAACGUGAUCCGCUGCGCUCACUCGAAUUCCUAUAUUCGCUGGGAUUGUAUGAAACUGUAUUCGCAUCGCCUCCUAGAAAACUAAUUGUAAAUGGAUCAAUGAGCAAUCCGGAAUAUGGUCUAAAUGUUGCGCGAGUCAUCAAAUGGAUUUUUCAACUCUCUGCAGACGAUGAAUUGCAUGAGCUUCUCAAAAAUCGAACAGCGGACGAGAUCAAAUCUUUGUAUCUGGCAUCCAUCCUGUUACCCUACAAGAAUAUGGUAAUUCUGGAAAAGAGAAAGAUGGUUCCGGCAUCUAGCUACAUUAUACGGGAAAGUCUGAAGCUGGCAAAUGUCAACGCAGACAUCACGUGUAAGCUGUUUGUUACGAUAGAAGCGGUACGGAAGGCAGUGCAAAAACAUUCCGAAGAAGGCGGUAUAGGCAGAUUAGAAUUAGGAUUACUUAUACGAGAGAUUGGCAUGCCAAAGUACAUGGGGGAAAAGUGGCCAAUAGCAGUAGUUCUUGCAAUGGCGAUCGACCUCUUACCAGAAAGAGAAAGUAUAGAUGCAGGCUCGGUCGACAAGGCAUUGAAGAUUGUGCAAAAAUACAAUAAAUUAAUGACUCAUGCAACCAAACUCGGCCUAAUGGAUUGCUAUUUAUUGAAUCCUAUCAUUAAUGGGAAAGAAAUAUCUGCAUUGCUUCAUAUUCAACCAAGCGAACAAUUCAAAAGCAUUCUGAAUUCAGUGAUGGAAUGGCAGCUUGAACAUCCUGAAGGAACAAAAGACGAAUGUAAAGAAUACAUAAAGAAUAAAGUUGUUGUAACAAGGUAG